ACACACACACACACACGUCCUCGUGAGCGCGCAGAUGCGGUGCACGUGAGCGCGCAAGUCUCUUAGCUCUUACAGCAGACUCAAACUGAACGUAGCUCAGUCACCGUCAUCUUCAUCUUCAUCACCACUGAACCUGUCAGCAUGUUACUUCUCCGCUGUAUUGUGUAUUUAACUCUGCUGCUGGUGGCUGAGAGUGGAGUGGGCUCAAGUAAUUCCACAAGCAGUUACUGCACCGAGUCUAAGGAGUGCCUGCAGUUUGAGUUGGUGUGCCAGACAGACGAGUAUGAAGUGCGACACUACUCUCCUACUCGGUGGGUGUCCACUGACGCUGAAGCUUAUCUCAUGGGCGUUGGAGCAGCCAUGGCCUUCAGACGUCUCUAUCAGUACAUCACUGGAACCAACCAAGCAGGUAUUCAGAUGGAGAUGACCGCUCCAGUUUUAGUUGAAGUACCAGAAGAGACCCACACAUGGGAGCCAGCACUCUACACACUGAGCUUCCUGCUCCCUUCAGUCUUUCAGAGUGAACGUCCUCCUGACCCGAUCGAUGACAAGCUGUAUUUUACAGAGAUGCCUGAGAUGAAUGUGUACGUGAGGAGUUAUGGUGGAUGGAUGCUCUCGGUCUCAUCUCGACUCCACACACACCUGCUAACCAAAGAGCUGCAGAGAGUCAACGCUGACUACAACCACACACACCACUAUGCUGUGGGCUAUGACAGUCCUCUGAAACUCCUACACAGACAUAAUGAGGUGUGGUACCUGGUGAACGGCGAGCCAGUGUGCAACGGAACGAUGAAUGAACCUCCUCAGAACACCACCGCUAUUACUGCUACUUCUAACACUACUCUCACUGCUACUGCUAGCACUGCUAAUUCUUCUACUACUGCUAGCACUGCUAAUUCUUCUACUACUGCUAGCACUGCUAAUUCCUUUACUACUGCUAGCACUGCUAAUUCUUCUACUACUGCUAGCACUGCUAAUUCCUUUACUACUGCUAGCACUGCUAAUUCUUCUACUACUGCUAGCACUGCUAAUUCCUUUACUACUGCUAGCACUGCUAAUUCUUCUGUGGCUACUGAUCCUACUGCUACUGAAUAACCAGAAGGCUCCAGUGAAAUUGGCUUUGGAAUUCUGCAUGUCUUCAGAAGAUACCCGAUGUGGCCAAACUGGGACCUCCAUAAACCGACUCGGUUAUCAGAUCCAUCUCUAAAUAUUGACAAGAAUCUUUUCUCCAUCAUCCAGGAAACAGGGUGAAAAAUUCCUCAGCUUUAGCUUAUUAUCUUGGUUAAAUGUCAGUAUAAAAAGGGUUCCUUGUGCAUUCUUUGGGCUGUCCUUGAGUUUAGUACAUUUUAAUUUGCAGUAUAUUUAUGUAUCAACGUCCCAACUUUUGGUGCUUCAGGAAUCAGGAUUGAUGUCGUCAUAUCAGAAGUUGCUGAGAUUUUCCAUCUGAUGUAAUUGUGAUAUAAUGCCACAAAUCUCCAUGCUGCAUUCACUAA